AUGGAUGGCACCAAAGAGCCAAAGGCUCACGAAAGAGCGUCCUCGGUCGCUUGUGCAAGUGUGCACAAGUUCCAUGUCUUGCCCUUGGUGUCUCUUUUUGUGCUGUCCAUCACUUUUUUCGUUUGUUGGUUGGUUUUUGUACGCGCGUCUCCAGCCAGUGGGGGUCUCAAGAAUACCAGACAGACUGCGAGUUAUGCCAUGACCCUAGCCAAGGCGCGCCACGGUGCGUUACUACUCGCUACCAGUAGCCUCCCUAUCGCUGGGUGGCACGCAAACCGUAAACCGCGUCACAAGGGCUGCAUAAUCCCAUUGGGCACGUUCAGAAUGGAUCCUGGCCGUGCACAACUCCAAAACUGUCCACUCGGAAUUGCGUUGUGCACCGCUUCUGUCUAUUGCACUGUCCACGGCGCCGAUAUGCACGCUUCCAUUCGCCGGGCUAUGUCGUGUCACAUCCAUCCGAUGCAUGGCUUCUUUAACUUGUUGAUCACCUCGAAGCGGCCUCUGGCAGGCACUCGACUUGGUGGAGCGCCAGACGUCACCCGUCCCAUUCCGUCCCAUCUCUUGAUUGCUCUGCGGCCCAAGUUGGAGGGAGCCUGUGGUGACGAUGAGCUGCGUCGAGCUCUGGUUGGACAUAUGGCCACUAAGGAACCAAACGGGAUGACAUUGGAAUAUCUUGGGCCGAUGAUGACAAGCAACUUCCAUGUGGGCCACCACCUGAACUGA